ACAAAACCAUGAUGAAGCAGUUGCCUUACUUUACUCUGUUAAGCCUCUUCGUAGGAGCUCUGAUACUUGGAAACAUCAAACCAAGUGAAGGGUCUCUAUCUUCUGCAAUCGACACUCCAGGAAGCUUACUAUCCGAUCUCUGGCUAGACCGUUUCCCUGAUCCGUUCAAGAUCUUGGAGAGACUCCCACUAGAACUCGAGAGGGACCAGAGCGUGGCUCUGUCUCCAGCGAGAGUGGACUGGAAAGAAACAGCAGAAGGACACGCGAUAAUGCUGGAUGUGCCCGGUCUGAAGAAGGAUGAAGUGAAGAUAGAGGUGGAGGAGAAUCGAGUCCUCUCAGUCAGUGGAGAGAGGAAAAGAGAUGAAGAGAAGAAAGGAGAUCAGUGGCAUAGAGUUGAGAGAUCAUAUGGAAAGUUCUGGAGACAGUUCAAGCUACCUGAUAAUGUGGAUAUGGAAUCUGUCAAGGCCAAGCUUGAGAAUGGUGUGCUCACUAUUACCCUCACAAAGCUGGCUCCUGAAAAGGUCAAGGGUCCAAGAGUUGUUGACAUUGCAGCCGAAGAAGACCAAACUGCGAAGAUCAGCUCCUCUGAAGCCAAAGAGCUGUGA